CAUUGAAGUGAUUUGAUCAUAUCAGAUUGUGGAAGUUAAAAUGGUACACGGAAUUCGUGUUUACACUAUCUUAAUUAUUUUUAUUUUGUCUUUAAGUUACUUGGAAGCAAAAAGGCAAAGAAAGCCAAAAACAGUUGGAAAACGUUUAGACAAGCAAGGAAAAUUGAAAUGCAACUCGAAGCAAGUCUGUGUGGACAAGAACGAACUUUGUGUACCCUAUGACAUGUCACCAAAGUGUAAAUGCAAGAAACUCAAAGUGAAAGGAUGCGAGGACAUGCUCGGCAGAUCCGUGUGCAAAUACGGUGAAGUUUGUCUCGACAAAAAGACUGGGAAUUCUUGUAAUAAUAGACAAUCCAAAGGGUGCAAAUGUACCGUGCCAAAGGAGACCGCGCCUGAAAAUACACCAGCUAAAGGUAUAGGUUGUUAUGUUGCCGUUAAUUUGAUCAAGAUAUUCAUACCGUUAGACCACAAAUUCCACACUAUAAACCAGAUGCCGUGUAAAGAGUGUAUGUGCAUGCCGAGAUACCCAUACUAUGUUGAUUUUUGCCGCGUCAAACCAAAUUGUAACGGUGCAAUUCACCUGUUUGUCAAAGUUCCUUAGAGCGAAAAUCCUGGAGCAAUCAUCAGACAAGAGAGGAAUUUAUGUUUUCUUAAAAAUGACGAUUUCUAUGUCUCAAUGUUUAUCAUUUACAUACAUAUCAUUUCGCUAACAUAAUAUCAAAAAAUGUAACUUGUCUUAAGUUUUGAAAUUUCAUAAGCUUAUUUCAAAAACUGUGCCCUUUUCUUAAAUUUCUGAUUUUAUACAGCACAUAGUUUUUUCGGAAAGUUCUGUUUCCCUUGUAUUACAAGGCACCCGGAAACAAAACAUGUUAAAAUUAAUUUUGUGUGGCUCAUUACAAAUACAAUUUCAACGUUCACAAUUUUUAUAUAAUAAAGAAUUGUCUUGAUUGUUUUCGAGUGAAUGUUUUUCCUUAGAUCACCUUUGAAUUAUACAACUGCUGUUUUCAGAUGUGUUUAAAAUCUUAUGUGUUUUAUGUGUAUUAUCUUUUCCAUUUAUUCAAAAAAACAUUACAAAAAAACAUUAAUGUUGAUUUUUAAGUUAUUUGCCAAAUCAAUCUGUAAUUUUACAUGACUGUUGAAGUAGAUGAAGCUCUAUCCACCCAGCUAGGUUAUUGGAUAUAUGUAUCUGGAUAUAUCAUCAUAUAACAUAUCUAUCUAAACUACACCGUCAUAAAUUCAUGGACAAGUAUCCAACGGUCAUAGCAACGUUAAAACAUAAUAUGUCGUAAAUAAAACAAAAUUUGAGAGAUAGUUUACUCAAUUAAGGGAAAACUUGUGGUGUACACGUUUUAUGGUAUUUUGCUAAAAGUCGCAUACUCAUUAUCUUUAAAAUAAGCUAAGCUAGCGGAACAUCUGACUGUAAAAUUCAUGAAGUUAUAUGUCAGGGGCUUUACAUUCUUUCAUGUGAUAAAGCUAUCCAACAACCUAACGAAUUGACUGGGGUCCUAAACAUGUGCCUAAAAUAGAGUUAAAAGUUUAUAAAUUCAAAUUUAUUUAAAACUUGUAAAUAUUAACAGAUUACUGGUCAGCUGUGCAACAUCUCCUAGUCCUUAUCAUUUAUUUUUCGCACAUAUUGAACAACAGUAUCUAACAUUAUCAAUGAGGACAAGAUGCCUUGCUAUAACUACCUCAACAGGUAACAAAAUCAAACACGAAGUAAUUGAAUCUUGCAGUUUUUGUUGAAAAGUGACCAUAUUAACUCCUUCUCUCUUGUUAUGUUUAUUCCGUGAAUAAAUUGCAAUAAA